GUUCCACACGAAACCUUUACCCAGGCUCUGGCCACCUCAUCAUAUGGUAUGGACUAAACCAGAGACUCAUUGCUCGUGAGUGAGAGAGACAGAACGAGAGAGAGAUAAUAGGUCCUUUCCUAGUUGUAUCUGCCUAUUGACGACCUACAUUUGUAAAUCCUCUGGGCUGUUGUGUCCCAGAGGCCUGAUCUCAGCUGAACUUGUUCCCCAAACUGCACUCCCCUCAGUGGGGGUUGGUUGUGACCCAGCUCCAGGGUACAUCCCACCUCACGGCAGGCUUUCCUUUCCUGAGCGGCUGCGUCCUGCCUGCGUCCUGCCUCUAUUUCCUGUCCUUGGUGUGCAAGGCUAAGCCUCCUCUCUCCACUCCCCUACCACCUCCCCACACACACACUCUCCCUCCCUGUUAUACGCGAUCCAAGAAGAAGAGGACUCCUCAAUCCCCUAACUUCCUGGUACAUUUCUCCCUCUCACCCUGGACAGCAGCACCAUGACCUCCAUGUCCAGCCUGUUCUCCUUCACCAGUCCAGCUGUGAAGCGUCUGCUGGGGUGGAAGCAGGGGGACGAGGAGGAGAAAUGGGCUGAGAAGGCUGUUGACGCCCUGGUCAAGAAACUGAAGAAGAAGAAGGGAGCCAUGGAGGACCUGGAGAAAGCCCUCAGCAGCCCAGGACAGCCCAGUGAGUGACCCUGUCUGUAGUGUGCGUGCGGCGUCAUACUUGGUCAAGUCCAGGCCAGGUGUGUGUGUGUGACUGUCUCUCUGGAUCAGAGAGUCUGCUAGAUGGCUAAGAUAUAAAGUACCAGUCAAAAGUUUGGACAUACCUACUCAUUCAAGGGUUUUUCCUUUAUUUUUACUAUUUUCAAUGUUGUAGAAUAAUAGUGACGACAUCAAAACUAUGAAAUAACACAUAUGGAAUCAUGUAGUAACCAAAAAAGUGUUAAACAAAUCAAAAUAUAUUUGAGAUUCUUCAAAGUAGCCACCCUUUGCCUUGAUGACAGCUUUGCACACUCUUGGCAUUCUCUCAACCAGCUUCAUGAGGAAUGCUUUUCCAACAGUCUUGAAGGAGUUCCCACAUAUGCUGAGCACUUGUUGGCUACUUUUCCUUCACUCUGUGGUCCAACUCAUCCCAAACCAUCUCAAUUGGGUUGAGGUCAGGGGAUUGUGGAGGCCAGGUCAUCUGAUGCAGCACUCCAUCACUCUCCUUCUUGGUCAAAUAGCCCUUACACAGCCUGGAGGUGUGUUGGGUCAUUGUCCUGUUGAAAAACAAAUUAUAGUCCCACUAAGCGCAAACCAGAUGGGAUGGCGUAUCGCUUCAGAAUGCUGUGGUAGCCAUGCUGGUUAAGUGUGCCUUGAAUUUUAAAUAAAUCAAUGACAGUGUCUACAGCAAAGCACCCCCACACCAUAACACCUCCUCCUCCAUGCUUUAUGGUGGGAACUACACAUGCAGAGAUCAUCCGUUCACCCACACUGUGUCUCACAAAGACACAGUGGUUUGAACCAAAAAUCUCAAAUUUGGACUCCAGACCAAAGGACACAUUUCCACCGGUCUAAUGUUCAUUGGUCGUGUUUCUUGGCCCAAGCAGGUCUCUUCUUCUUAUUGGUGUCCUUUAGUAGUGGUUUCUUUGCAGCAAUUCGACCAUGAAGGCCUGAUUCAUGCAGUCCCCUCUGUACAGUUGAUGUUGAGAUGUGUCUGUGACUUGAACUCUGUGAAGCAUUUAUUUGGGCUGCGAUUUCUGAGGCUGGAAACUCUAAUGAACUUAUCCUCUGCAGCAGAGGUAACUCUGGGUCUUCCAUUCCUGUGGCGGUCCUCAUGAGAGGUGGUUGAUGGUUUUUGCGACUGCACCUCCAUGUCUUAAAGUAAUGAUGGACUGUUGUUUCUCUUUGCUUAUUUGAGCUGUUCUUGCCAUAAUAUGGACUUGGUCUUUUACCAAAUAGGGCUAACUUCUGUAUACCCCCCCCCCCCCCACCUUGUCACAACACAACUGAUUGGCUCAAACGCAUUAAGAAGGAAAUAAAUUCCACAAAUUAACUUUUAAGAAGGCACACCUGUUAAUUGAAAUGCAUUCCAGUUGACUACCUUAUGAAGCUGGUUGAGAGAAUGCCAAGAGUGUGCAAUGCUGUCAUCAAGGCAAAGGGUGGCUAUUUGAAGAAUCUCAAAUAUAAAAUAUAUUUUGAUUUGUUUAACCCUAUCUUGGUUACUACAUGAUUCCAUAUGUGUUAUUUCAUAGUUUUGAUCUCUUCACUAUUAUUCUGCAAUGUCAAUUAAACAAUAAAUAAAGAUAAACCCUUUUGACUGGUAGUGUGUGUAUAUAUAUAUAUAUAUAGAUAUGUAUCAUCAUACUUGGUCCAGAUAUUGCCUAACCCCUCUCUCUAUCUGCCCUGCCAGGUAAGUGUGUGACCAUUCCUCGGUCUCUGGACGGUCGUCUCCAGGUGUCCCACAGGAAGGGUCUCCCCCACGUUAUCUACUGCAGGGUGUGGCGCUGGCCCGACCUGCAGUCUCACCAUGAGCUCAAGCCCCUGGAGAUGUGUGAAUACCCCUUCGGCUCCAAACAGAAGGAGGUCUGCAUUAACCCCUACCACUACAAGAGGGUAGAGAGCCCAGGUAUGUAACGUGUUCAUUCCGACUACAGUAUUGACUCGAUCUAAGGCAUUGCCGGACCCAGCCUAUACAUUUGUGGCUGUUGUGCACGUCCUUCUACAAGAAAUGUAUAUGACACAGUAAGGCUGAGCUGACUUAAGUUACCAUUUAGCCAAGUGAGGGAGAGUACUGCAUCCUUGACCAUUUAGCCAAGUGAGGGAGAGUACUGCAUCCUUGACCAUUUAGCCAAGUGAGGGAGAGUACUGCAUCCUUGACCAUUUAGCCAAGUGAGGGAGAGUACUGCAUCCUUGACCAUUUAGCCAAGUGAGGGAGAGUACUGCAUCCUUGACCAUUUAGCCAAGUGAGGGAGAGUACUGCAUCCUUGACCAUUUAGCCAAGUGAGGGAGAGUACUGCAUCCUUGACCAUUUAGCCAAGUGAGGGAGAGUACUGCAUCCUUGACCAUUUAGCCAAGUGAGGGAGAGUACUGCAUCCUUGACCAUUUAGCCAAGUGAGGGAGAGUACUGCAUCCUUGACCAUUUAGCCAAGUGAGGGAGAGUACUGCAUCCUUGACCAUUUAGCCAAGUGAGGGAGAGUACUGCGUCCUUGACCAUUUAGCCAAGUGAGGGAGAGUACUGCAUCCUUGACCAUUUAGCCAAGUGAGGGAGAGUACUGCAUCCUUGACCAUUUAGCCAAGUGAGGGAGAGUACUGCAUCCUUGACCAUUUAGCCAAGUGAGGGAGAGUACUGCAUCCUUGACCAUUUAGCCAAGUGAGGGAGAGUACUGCAUCCUUGACCAUUUAGCCAAGUGAGGGAGAGUACUGCAUCCUUGACUAUUCAUACUAUAUAGAUUUAGAGUUUCCAAGAAAUAUGCCUCAAGGUGAUUUCACCAAAACAAUAUGGGAAAUUCUGGCUGCUUCCCUGGAGAUAGUUGUCUUGUCUCCUCUGAGUGACGUGAUAUCUGCCCUUGAAUUGGUUAAUACAGAGCCGUCAGUCAGGGAGGAAGAGGAGGAUAGGGGGAGGAGCAGAGUACAGGUCAAGGACUUUCAAAAUGACCUGAUCAAUAGGAUCUGCAUCAUAUAGCACGUUUUUAGAAUGUAGUGGGAAAAAACAACUGGUAUUGAAAGCACUUUCGUUAAAAUGUAAAGGCUAGAGGAAAUCCUUGCAAUUGACAUGCACAACAGCCACAAAUGACAACAGAGGUCAUGCAGAUGAGAAGAUUCCUUCAUUAAUGUGUAGUACCUAUGUUUUCACUGGUUUCAGAUUAAAUACUGUACAGUGUCCCAAUGUUUCUUUUAAAGGCUCUUCAAAUCCAAUGUAUAUUUAUUUAAUAAUCUCUUCUCCACCAGUUCUCCCUCCGGUGUUGGUGCCUCGCCACAGUGAGUUCAACCCACAACACAGUCUCCUGGUCCAGUUUAGGAACAUGACUCACAACGAGCCCCACAUGCCCCUGAACGCCACCUUCCCAGAGUCCUUCCAGCAGCACAGUGGGGGCAGCGGUACCUCCUUCCCCAUCUCCCCCAACUCCCCCUACCCCCCCUCCCCAGCCUCCAGCGGAGGGGUGGGCACCUACCCCAACUCUCCUGCCAGCUCCGGACCCUCCAGCCCCUUCCAGCUUCCAGGUAGAUGUCAGUAUACACUUCUAUCAUAUAUCAUGCACCUAUGUGUUUAUUGGUAGUCAGUUACCAUGGCUGCUAUUACAAUAUCAUAUACUGUUAGCCUAUGUCAUAUAUUCCCACUGGGUUUUCACAUUUGUACACUUCUGGUCACACACUGCCUUUGGCCUCUAUGUGAGAAUGUAAAAGGGAAGUAACAUUGCCAUUAAAAGAAAAGUGUUUUCCUGAUGAAAAAUGGGAUUCGAAAUUAGUGGAGGACAAUUUGGUUUGAUUUCUAACUAUAUGGAAUGAUAGUCCAUGAUACAAACCAGGAUUUUCUGACAGCCAGGGGGGACAAUCAAAAUGCCAACUAAAGAGUGUACCAAAGCCCUGCAUCAGGGUGACUGGUGAGUGCCAGUCAGUGUGCCCAUCGCUGGGCACAGCAUAGGCCUGGCCUGGCCUCCGGCUCCUAUUCUGGUGGAUAUAUCCCCAGUCAGUGUGCCCAUCGCUGGGCACAGCAUAGGCCUGGCCUGGCCUCCGGCUCCUAUUCUGGUGGAUAUAUCCCCAGCCAGUGUGCCCAUCGCUGGGCACAGCAUAGGCCUGGCCUGGCCACCGGCUCCUAUUCUGGUGGAUAUAUCCCCAGUCAGUGUGCCCAUCGCUGGGCACAGCAUAGGCCUGGCCUGGCCUCCGGCUCCUAUUCUGGUGGAUAUAUCCCCAGCCAGUGUGCCCAUCGCUAGCACCAGCAUAGGCCUGGCCUGGCCACCGGCUCCUAUUCUGGUGGAUAUAUCCCCAGCCAGUGUACCCAUCGCUGGGCACAGCAAUAGGCCGGGCCUGGCCACCGGCUCCUAUUCUGGUGGAUAUAUCCCCAGCCAGUGUAACCCAUCGCUGGGUACAGCAUAGGCCUGGCCUGGCCUCCGGCUCCUAUUCUGGUGAAUAUAUCCCCCAGCCAGUGUACCCAUCGCUGGGUACAGCAUAGGCCUUGGCCUGGCCUCCGGCUCCUAUUCUGGUGGAUAGAUCCCCAGCCAGUGUACCCAUCGCUGGGUACAGCAUAGGCCUGGCCUGGCCUCCCGGCUCCUAUUCUGGUGGAUGAUCCCCAGUCAGUGUACCCAUCGCUGGGUACAGCAUAGGCCUGGCCUGGCCUCCGGCUCCUAUUCUUGGUGGAUAUAUCCCCAGGCCAGUGUACCCAUCGCUGGGUACAGCAAGGCCUGGCCUGGCCUCCGGCUCCUAUUCUGGUGGAUAUAUCCCCAGUCAGUGUACCCAUCGCUGGGUACAGCAUAGGCCUGGCCCUUGGCCUCCGGCUCCUAUUCUGGUGGAUAUAUCCCCAGCCAGUGUACCCAUCGCUGGGUAACAGCAUAGGCUGGCCUGGCCUCCGCUCCUAUUCUGGUGGAUAUAUCCCCAGUCAGUGUACCCAUCGCUGGGUACAGCAUAGGCCUGGCCUGGCCUCCGGCUCCUAUUUAUGGUGGAUAUAUCCCCAGUCAGUGUAACCCAUCGCUGGGUACAGCAUAGGCCCUGGCCUGGCCCUCCGGCUCCUAUUCUGGUGGAAUAUAUCCCCAGUCAGUGUACCCAUCGCUGGGUACAGCAUAGGCCUGGCCUGGCCUCCGGCUCCUAUUCUGGUGGAUAUAUCCCCAGUCAGUGUACCCAUCGCUGGGUACAGCAUAGGCCUGGCCUGGCCUCCGGCUCCUAUUCUGGUGGAUAUAUCCCCAGUCAGUGUACCCAUCGCUGGGUACAGCAUAGGCCUGGCCUGGCCUCCGGCUCCUAUUCUGGUGGAUAUAUCCCCAGUCAGUGUACCCAUCGCUGGGUACAGCAUAGGCCUGGCCUGGCCUCCGGCUCCUAUUUCUGGUGGAUAUAUCCCCAGCCAGUGUACCCAUCGCUGGGCACAGCAUAGGCCUGGCCUGGCCUCCGGCUCCUAUUCUGGUGGAUAUAUCCCCAGCCAGUGUACCCAUCGCUGGGCACAGCAUAGGCCCUGGCCUGGCCUGGCCUCCGGCUCCUAUUCUGGUGGAUAUAUCCCCAGCCAGUGUACCCAUCGCUGGGCACAGCAUAGGCCUGGCCUGGCCUGGCCUCCGGCUCCUAUUCUGGUGGAUAUAUCCCCAGCCAGUGUACCCAUCGCUGGGCACAGCAUAGGCCUGGCCUGGCCUGGCCUCCGGCUCCUAUUCUGGUGGAUAUAUCCCCAGCCAGUGUACCCAUCGCUGGGCACAGCAUAGGCCUGGCCUGGCCUGGCCUCCGGCUCCUAUUCUGGUGGAUAUAUCCCCAGCCAGUGUACCCAUCGCUGGGCACAGCAUAGGCCUGGCCUGGCCUGGCCUCCGGCUCCUAUUCUGGUGGAUAUAUCCCCAGCCAGUGUACCCAUCGCUGGGCACAGCAUAGGCCUGGCCUGGCCUGGCCUCCGGCUCCUAUUCUGGUGGAUAUAUCCCCAGCCAGUGUACCCAUCGCUGGGCACAGCAUAGGCCUGGCCUGGCCUGGCCUCCGGCUCCUAUUCUGGUGGAUAUAUCCCCAGCCAGUGUACCCAUCGCUGGGCACAGCAUAGGCCUGGCCUGGCCUGGCCUCCGGCUCCUAUUCUGGUGGAUAUAUCCCCAGCCAGUGUACCCAUCGCUGGGCACAGCAUAGGCCUGGCCUGGCCUGGCCUCCGGCUCCUAUUCUGGUGGAUAUAUCCCCAGCCAGUGUACCCAUCGCUGGGCACAGCAUAGGCCUGGCCUGGCCUGGCCUCCGGCUCCUAUUCUGGUGGAUAUAUCCCCAGCCAGUGUACCCAUCGCUGGGCACAGCAUAGGCCUGGCCUGGCCUGGCCCUCCGGCUCCUAUUCUGGUGGAUAUAUCCCCAGCCAGUGUACCCAUCGCUGGGCACAGCAUAGGCCUGGCCUGGCCUGGCCUCCGGCUCCUAUUCUGGUGGAUAUAUCCCCAGCCAGUGUACCCAUCGCUGGGCACAGCAUAGGCCUGGCCUGGCCUGGCCUCCGGCUCCUAUUCUGGUGGAUAUAUCCCCAGCCAGUGUACCCAUCGCUGGGCACAGCAUAGGCCUGGCCUGGCCUGGCCUCCGGCUCCUAUUCUGGUGGAUAUAUCCCCAGCCAGUGUACCCAUCGCUGGGCACAGCAUAGGCCUGGCCUGGCCUGGCCUCCGGCUCCUAUUCUGGUGGAUAUAUCCCCAGCCAGUGUACCCAUCGCUGGGCACAGCAUAGGCCUGGCCUGGCCUGGCCUCCGGCUCCUAUUCUGGUGGAUAUAUCCCCAGCCAGUGUACCCAUCGCUGGGCACAGCAUAGGCCUGGCCUGGCCUCCGGCUCCUAUUCUGGUGGAUAUAUCCCCAGCCAGUGUACCCAUCGCUGGGCACAGCAUAGGCCUGGCCUGGCCACCGGCUCCUAUUCUGGUGGAUAUAUCCCCAGCCAGUGUACCCAUCGCUGGGCACAGCAUAGGCCUGGCCUGGCCACCGGCUCCUAUUCUGGUGGAUAUAUCCCCAGCCAGUGUACCCAUCGCUGGGCACAGCAUAGGCCUGGCCUGGCCACCGGCUCCUAUUCUGGUGGAUAUAUCCCCAGCCAGUGUACCCAUCGCUGGGCACAGCAUAGGCCUGGCCUGGCCACCGGCUCCUAUUCUGGUGGAUAUAUCCCCAGCCAGUGUACCCAUCGCUGGGCACAGCAUAGGCCUGGCCUGGCCACCGGCUCCUAUUCUGGUGAAUAGAUCCCCAGCCAGUGAGGUUUGCUGAUGCACAGAUCCACAACAGAUCCACAACAGAUCCACAACAGAUUCAUGGGCUGCUGUAGUCAGCCAGGCAUAAUGGCAGCAGGGAAAAGAGGCUCAAGACUUUUGUCUUUUUUAAUUGUGCUGAAUUGCCCCCAGGCUUGAAACACUGUAGUGCUAGUGCUAUCACUUCUAUGUGGUCUAUCUUGGUGUAACCGGAGGAAAGCCGAGUUAUUAUUCAGAAAUAGGGAUACAUCUCCAGAGAAAUCCCUCUAAGCAAGGUAGUAACCUGUAAAUGUUUGGUCUGUAGGAAGACCAGUCUUCUUCAUAAAAAAAAAAACAUUACCAACUGUCCCCACCCACACCCCACUUGAAAUGUUUCUCCAUUUCUCUGUAAUACAACACGUAUAGGACUGGCCAUAGAUUAGUGUUCCAUUUGAUGGAUGUGUGUGAAACCCUACACCUGUUUCCGGGUAGAGAAAGAUCCUGUGGUGGUGGAGGGGUUUUAACUCCUCUUGGGAGUUGUGUAUGUGUCCAUCCGCUGUGAGUGUGUGUGUGUGUGUCCAUCCGCUGUGAGUGUGUGUGUGUGUGUGUGUGUGUGUGUGUGUGUGUGUGUCCAUCCGCUGUGAGUGUGUGUGUGUGUGUGUCCAUCCGCUGUGAGUGUGUGUGUGUGUGUGUGUGUGUGUCCAUCCGCUGUGAGUAUGUGUGUGUGUGUGUCCAUCCGCUGUGAGUGUGUGUGUGUGUGUGUGUGUGUGUCCAUCCGCUGUGAGUGUGUGUGUGUGUGUGUGUGUGUGUGUGUGUCCAUCCGCUGUGAGUGUGUGUGUGUGUGUGUGUGUGUGUGUGUGUGUGUGUGUGUGUCCAUCCGCUGUGAGUGUGUGUGUGUGUGUGUGUGUGUGUGUGUGUGUGUGUCCAUCCGCUGUGAGUGUGUGUGUGUGUGUGUGUGUGUGUGUGUGUGUGUGUGUGUGUGUGUGUGUGUGUGUGUGUGUGUGUGUGUCCAUCCGCUGUGAGUGUGUGUGUGUGUGUGUGUGGACAACCAUUUGUCAUCAGCAGCAGCAGCUGGUCUCCUAACUAUCCGUCCAUUGUGGUGUUUUCUCCUCCAGCUGACACCCCACCCCCGGCCUACAUGCCCCCUGACGAGCAGAUGGGACAGGAGGGGUCCAUGGAGACCACCACCAGCAGCAGCGGGCCCAGGAACAUGCCUAGUGGGGGUGAGGAGUCUGACCUUCAACUUUACACUUUAUUUUACCAGGGAUUAUUUUUUUUCCCCCACCC